UUUAUGAUUGCAUGAACAUGUAUUACGCCGCUUUUUGUAAAAGGGAGUGUAUAACUCGCGUAGGGCGGCCUAGCGUCGGGGGCUAGAAGAAUCGGAGACCAUCGAUGGGGCCUCGACGUUUCCAUUUUUUAUUCUGAAAUAGCUAGCUAGGUAGCUAGCCAUCUGGGUUUCUGCCCUUUUACUAGUGGACGACCAGAGGUGUAUCACCUAUUGAUAACAGACGUUGUUAAGAGCUGGUAGAAAACACCCCUGUUGGACAUCACCAGCCCGACCAAAACCUGCCUCCAUACUCCUGGGCCUCCCCUCACACAGUCAAAACUGCAUCAAUACGUGCGAAGCAGCAGGAUGACUGAGGCGUGGCAGCAGCAGCACGCAGUGGCCCCCCCACCCACCGUGGUGCACAACCUCCCCCCGGGCUCCGACAGCGCCCUGGGCUGUGCCGUGUACGGGAUCGUCCUCCAGCCGGAUGUGGCCUCCCUCCAGCAGCAGCCCCAGCACGGCCAGCAGCAUGCCGUACCCGCCCAGCAGCCUUCCCUACAGGUAGGGGGCGAGGGAGGGCACAAGUGCGGAGCCUGCGGCCAUGACAUAUCCCACCUAGCUAAUCCACAUGAGCACCAGUGUAUGGGGACCGGGGAUCGGUCGUUCCAGUGUACCCAGUGUAUGAAGAUCUUCUGCCAGGCCACUGAUCUGCUGGAGCAUCAGUGUGUACAGGUGGAGCAGAAGCCGUUUGUGUGUGGCGUGUGUAAGAUGGGUUUCUCUUUGCUCACCUCGCUGGCACAGCACCACAACGCCCACAACAACGGCAACAACCCCAUGAAGUGUUCCAUCUGUGAGAAGACCUACCGCCCGGGCUCUGGCAACAACACCCCCACCUCCUCCGCUGCCAACCCGUCCACCGGCGAGGCCUCCAGUGGCGGGGCAGCGUGCGGAGCCUCAGCCCCUACGGCGUUUGAGGCUUCGGGACCAGACAGGCCCUACAAGUGCUCAGUGUGCCACAAGGGCUUUCGGCAUCUGUCUGAGCUGUCGCGACACGAGCGGGUGCACACGGGAGAAAAGCCCUACAAGUGUGACACCUGUGACAAGAGCUUCAGCCAGUCCUCUCACCUGGCCCACCACCAGCGCACCCACAGCUCAGAGCGGCCCUACAAGUGUGCUGUCUGUGAAAAAUGCUUCAAGCACCGCUCACACCUCGUGCGCCACAUGUACGCACACUCCGGCGAGCACCUGUUUAAGUGCAAUUUGUGCGAGAUGCACUUCAAGGAGUCGUCGGAGCUCCUGCACCACCAGUGCCAGCCCACAGUGACCUUGGACAGGCCGUUCCGCUGCGGCUCGUGUGGGAAGGGCUUCAAGCGGCCUUCGGAUCUGCGGCAGCACGAACGCACGCACUCCGAGGAACGUCCGUUCCAGUGCGAGGAGUGCCAGAUGAGCUUCAAGCAGCAGUACGCCCUCGUUCGUCACCGCCGCACUCACAAGAACCCAGCCGACCGGCCUUUUAAGUGUAACCUAUGUGACAAGGGUUUCCUGCAGCCCUCCCACCUGCUGUACCACCAGCACGUCCAUGGCAUGGAGAGCCUGUUCAAGUGUGCUUCCUGCCAGAAAGGCUUCAGCCAAUCCGGUGAACUGCUCCGGCACAAAUGCACCGGCUCAGGGUCGGCGUCUGGCUCCGUGACCGCGGCCACGCCGGCGGUGGAGAAGCCCUACAAGUGUGACGUGUGUGGCAAAGGCUACAAGAAGAAGUCGACGCUCCAGCGCCACCAGAACUCCAGCUGUCAGGAGAAGCCGCUGAAGUGCUCCCUGUGCAACCGACGCUUCCUGUCGCCGUCUGAGUUCGUGACGCACCGCUGCGACCCGUCCCGGGAGAAGCCCCUGAAGUGUCCCGACUGCGAGAAACGCUUCAAGUAUUCCUCGGAGCUGCAACGUCACCGCCGCGUUCACACCGGGGAGAAGCCGUACAAGUGCUCCAGCUGCGACAAGAGCUUCAAACAGCGGGAACACCUGGUGAAGCACCAGGCGGUGCACUCGCGGGAAGCCCAGUUUAAGUGCGUGUGGUGCGGGGAGCGUUUUGUGAACCUGGGAGCCCUCCAGGAGCACACGGUCCAGCACACUGCAGAAGGAGGUGGUUAUCCUGCAGCCCCAUGUAUACAGUGAGCAGGUCUGCUGCUGUUGAGCGUCUGUACAGUGUGAACACACACGGUGACAUGGAACGUUGCCCGCCAGGCAUACAGCAACACUCUUCCUGACACCUUAUUUGUAUAUAACCACACAUUCAUUAUUUACAUUUAGUUACACACCCACAUAACCCCCCCCCCCCCUCCCUCCUUUUGCAUAAACAAUGGUAAAACUCUGCUUAAUCCUAACCAUGAAGUUAUUAUUGACACCUUCUUCCUCGCACCAAGGUAAUCAUGACCAUGUUCUGCCGUUCAUUAGUGACUUCCAACUACCCAUCACCCAGAUCAACUGAAAACAGUACAUCAACUACCCAUGACCCAGAUCAACUGAAAACAGUACAUCAACUACCCAUGACCCAGAUCAACUGUGGUCACCUUGUUGGAUGCAGGAAAAAUGCAACUUGAAAAGGAUGUUCGAAUAUGAAAAGUCAUUGGAAAUGUAUUCAUGUUUGUAACAUCAAAUACUUAAGAAUUGCUUCUUUUUUUUAAAUGGUGAGAAAUUAAAUGUUUAAGGAAAUUGUUGGGAGGGAGAGUCUUAUUCUCUGACUCCUUUAUGGUCAUAUAAUUUCUUUGCUGUGGUUUGGUUCAAGUUUUAGCCACACUAUGUGUUGAACUCCCCCUUAACCCUCUGGUUGGCUGUUAGUAAUGCCCAAUAACCCCCACCCCUCAUAGACUUAAAUAUACGUUUCUGCAUGAGUAUAUUUAAGCAAUAUGGCCCGAGGGGUUGUGGUAUAUGGCCAAUAUACCACGGCUAAGGGCUGUUCUUAUGCAUGAUGCGAUGCGGAGCCCUUAGCUGUGAUAUAUUGCCCAUAUACCACAACCCCCUUGAGGUGCCUUUAUAAACUGGUUAUCAAUGUAAUUAGAGCAGUUCAAAUACAUGUUUUGUUAUACCUGUAGUAUACCACGGCUGUCAGCCAAUCAGCAUUCAGGGCUCGAACCACCCAGUUUAUAAUUGUGAAAUACGUUUAUAUUUAGCAUCACUGUUGUACUGUAGUAGCUUAGGUUUGCUUAAAAAAUGAAAAAAAAAAUGUGACAAGUUAUAUCUUGUGUCCUCUUUGUAAAUCUGUGGUAGAUAAACUGUGGCAUCUCUGUACUAUAAUGAACAGCAACUACUGUAGUAUGUGUCAAUGGGAAUAUUUCCCCACAUUCUAGACUACUUUGGCUCCCUAUGUCAUAGAAAGAAACACAUACCAUAUCUCUCUGUCAACGUGGGGGGCUCCCGAGUGGCCACUGCAUCUCAGUGCUAGAGGUGUCCCUACAGACCCUGGUCCGAUUCCAGGCUGUAUCACAACCGGCCGUGAUUGAGAGUCCCA